UAUCCCAACAAGAAAAAGAAACCAAUCAUGUGUACCAAAAAGAAAAGAAAGAAACCAAUCAUCCGUCGAAGUGGGAAAAUAAAGUCAUGGUUGAAGGAAUUUCCACGAAUGACACUGUUGCUGACCCUCCUUUCUCCCCUCUCCCAUUAAUAAUUCCACUGCCUUGAAAAGGACAGGUGCCGUACCAUGAAAUCCAUGAAAUCUGCUUAUAUAUACGUAUAUAGUAUUCAUAGGGUUCUCCACUGGAGCUUGAGAAAGCGCAGGGUGAGAAGUGGGCGCCCUUUUCUUGUUUGGUUCGGUUAUAGAACUUCCAGGUUGACCGUAUAGCAAAAGAGGGUCAAGGAGUAAGAAGGGCUUCUGCUUACUGCUUUAUCAAACAGUGAACAAAAAUGAAUGGCUACAACACAUUGGAGCCUACUCUUAAGGAUAUGCUCAAGGUUAUUAAACCUCUACAAGAGGAUUGGGAUGUGCGAUCUAAAAUAAUUGAAGAGUUAAAAGAUGUUGUUACCUCUGUGGAAAGUCUUAGAGGUGCAACUGUGGAGCCAUUUGGAUCAUUUGUGUCCAAUCUCUUCACUCGAUGGGGAGACUUGGAUAUCUCUAUUGUGCUAUCAAAUGGUUCUUAUAUUUCAUCCACUGGAAAGAAGCGCAAACAGAAUUUACUUGGAGAGUUACUAAGAGCUUUGAGGCAGAAAGGUAAAUUUCACAGGUUACAGUUUGUCCCAAGUGCCAGAGUUCCCAUCUUAAAAUUUGAGUGUGGCCCCAAGAGCAUUUCUUGUGAUAUUUCAGUUGACAAUCUGCACGGUCAAAUGAAGUCCAAAUUCUUGUUGUGGAUCAACCAGAUAGAUGGGCGCUUUCGGGAUAUGGUCUUACUAGUCAAGGAAUGGGCCAAAACUCACAAUAUCAAUAAUUCAAAGGCUGGGACAUUGAACUCAUACUCCCUCAGUUUACUUGUUAUAUUCCAUUUUCAGACAUGUGUACCUGCUAUUUUACCUCCCCUUAGAGAAAUAUAUCCAAGAAAUGCUGUUGAUGAUCUUACAGGUGUGAGGACUGUUGCAGAGGAACGCAUUAAAAAAAUAUGCCAUGCUAAUAUAUCUAGAUACAUGUCAGACAAAUACAGGGCAGCUAAUCGAAGUUCUCUUUCGGAGCUUUUUAUUUCAUUCCUUGCAAAGUUUUCUAACAUUAGUACAAAGGCUGUGAAGUUAGGAAUUUGCACAUUUACUGGACAAUGGCAAGACAUGAGAAGCAUUAUGAGAUGGUUGCCCAAAACAUACCCACUAUUUAUCGAGGACCCUUUUGAGCGGACAGAGAAUACUGCAAGGGCUGUUACUGUUGGAAACCUGGAAAGGAUAUCUGAAGCAUUUCAGUCGACAUAUCAUAGGCUUGUUUUGGACAAUCACAAUCGUAGUUCUCUCUUUGGCAUAUUAGUAAGGCCACAAAUAUCAAAUUUCAUUGCAGGAACAUCUGUUGGGAGCUCAAGUCGCACUCUCAUGGAAUACCGAAGUACUCGUCAACCAGUGAGCAGGAUUGUGUAUUCACAAUCACAAGUGCAGCAUCAAAUUCAGAACAUGAGCCUGGAAAGACAUCCCAAUUAUUUCUCUAAGAAAGGAGAGUCAUCCCAACAUUUUGAGCAAGCAAAGAGAGGAAAAUCGUCCCAACAUUUCAAAGUUGCGGGUGCAACAUCCAGUUCACAACACAAGACUGGAAAUACUUCUAACUAUUUCGCCAAGCAAAGACAGGACAGGUAUCCUGACUAUACAAGACUGGAAAAACAUUCCAACUACUUCACCAGGCAAAGACAGGACAUGUAUCCUGACUAUAAAAGACUGGAAAACAUCACAACUAAUUCACCAAGCAGAGACAAGAAACUCAUCCUAACAAUACAAGACCGGAAAAAUAUCCCGACAAAUUCACCUAGCAAAAAGGGUAUUCAUCCUCAGAGUUCUGCCAAGCAAAGUCAAGAAAGCUAUCCAAACUAUUCAACCAGACAAAAACAUACACGUUUGUAUUAUGGCCAGGGCCAACAUAUUUGAGGCAAAAAUCUGAUCGAACUUUUGGGGACUUCAUCUGUUCUCCUUUUGGAACACUUCCUAUGAAAGUUGUGUGAAAAGAAGAGUGCAACACUGCUAUUUGAGUCUUUUUGGAAUAUUUUACCAUCUAGAAAAAUUGUAAUGCAUGGCUGCUUUCAGAAUUUGUUGAGAUGAUGAAGGGAUUAUUAUGAUUUUUCUGAACUGGGAGAUGAAUUACGAAUAUUAGUUAUCUGAAUGUGAAUUUUGUCGCCGAGAAAGCUCAACAGGGUCAAUGAAUUUCCUGUUAGUACCA